CUGAUUUUGACAAGUAAACAAAAACAUUUGUUUUUUUGUAUUACAUAUUAUUUUAAAAAGGAAAUUUUUAAAUUUAUAAAUAAAUAAACACAAUGUCAGAAGAUAAAGAAUAUAUUGUUAAAAAGACUAUUUAUGCAGGCAAAAAAUUCAUACCUUUCAAAGACGGUACAAAGAUAUUUUUCCAUUUUCAAACGAAAUUAUGCGACCAAAACAAAACUCUCAUAGACGAUUCGAGAAAAAUGGGCCCCGGAGACCCUUUGCACAUAGUGCUAGGCAAAAAGUUCAAACUCGAAGUUUGGGAGGCGAUUUUACAGAAAAUGGCUCUGCAAGAAGUAGCCCAAUUCACCGUCGACAAAUCUCUAGUAAUGCAAUACCCCUUUGUAUCAAAAACCCUAAGAGAAAUGCACAAACCUAAAGAAGAACGUCACUCGCACCAUCACUGUGCAAUGGCCUUGCAAAGCGAAGAAGGAAUCGGUCAUCCUGACUUAAACCAACUUCUAAAAAAUCCUCAAGACUUAGAAUUCACAAUGGAAAUUGUCAGUAUUCAACAACCUGAAGAGUACGACAAGGAAAUUUGGCAAAUGGAUGAAACUGAACAGCUGGAUAUGAUUCCGAAACUAAAAGCACAAGGCAAUGAAGAAUACAGCAAGAAAAAUUUCCAAGAAGCUGCCAAGCUUUAUGCAAAAGCCAUUGGAAUGCUAGAGCAGUUGAUGAUCAAAGAAAAACCUCACGAUAUAGAGUGGAACAAACUAAACCAACAAAAACUGCCCAUUUUGCUGAACUUUGCCCAAUGCAAGCUCAUCGAAGGCGACUACUAUUCGGUUAUAACUUAUUGCACAGAAGUCCUUAGGUUUGACAAGGACAACGUGAAAGCCUAUUUUAGGAGGGCAAAGGCUCACAUUGCCGCUUGGAAUCCUAAAGAGGCCAGAGAAGAUUUGGACAAGGUGAUGGAGUUGGACAAAUCCUUAGAGGUUUUGGCCAAAAGGGAACUUUUGCUGCUGGAGGAUUUACAGAGAGACAAAGAUUUACAGGAUAAAGACAAAUUGAAAAAAAUGUUUACUUAAUUUUAUUUAUUGAAUAAUUGUUGUUUAAAUGAAGUAUUUAUUGUUGUAUUUUUGGCAAUUCCUAUUCAUAAUAGAUAAAUAAAAAAUUUCCCCAUGUAGCAAACAUUAUGUGGGACACUGUAUAUUCUUAACAAGUCUUGUGAAAGUUAAUUUCAAUGUGGAUCAAAUUAAUAGUAACUGUGUUAACAGGAUACAAUAAAACACAAACAUUUUUUUAAACAUUUUUAUUUGUCUCUUAUUUCUUAGCAGCAGGCUUCUUCUUGUCUACCUUAGCCUUUUUCGAUGGCCUAGGUUUGUCGCCUCCUUUGGCCAUCCUUUUCUUGCCGUACAAAGUUCCAUUUCUGGAAGCAGCUUUCCUAAGUGCCAAAAACGAAACUGUCCUGAUCUUGUUCCUGCGUGUCUUUGCUCUCCUCAGCUUGAACCUGUCAAAGUCUGUUAGUUGGGCUCU